GGUCUGUUUUCUUUUGUUGAAGACUUUCUGGUAGAAUUGGUGGGAUAUGCAAACGCUUGGUGCCAUCUAAGUUUUUAUUUACAUAUCGUAAUGUCGCAUGUGGUUAUUGGAGGUGGUACGGGUUUCAUCGGCAGACGAUUGAUUAAAACACUAGUUGCAGAUGGUUACGAGGUGACAACAAUAUCGCGCAUGCCUGGCAUUAAACACAUAAGUUGGCAUCAGCUUGAAAAGGAUGGUCUACCAAGUGGGACUACAGCCGUAGUCAAUUUGGCUGGGCAAAAUGUGUUAGAUCCAACACGACGAUGGACUCCUGGGUUCAAACAAAAUGUUUGGAACUCGCGAAUUAACACAACUGCCGCCUGUGCCCGAGCCAUUGAGAAAGCAACAGUAAAGCCAUGUGUUUUUGUCAAUAUUUCAGGUGUUAGUCACUACAUACCUGGAAAUGACAGCUAUACAGAAUUGUCUAUAGUUAAAGAUUAUGAUUUCAUGUCCCGGCUUUGUAUCGAAUGGGAACGAGCUGCCAAUCUAUCAAAUAAUUCAAUUUGCAGAGUCGUGCGUAUUAGAAGUGGUGUAGUACUUGGUAGAGAAGGAGGUAUGAUCCAGUCUUUGAUACUACCAUUUUGGCUUGGGUUAGGAGGAACUGUAGGAGAUGGAAGGCAGGAUAUGCCUUGGAUACAUAUACAGGAUCUUGUAGAAAUGAUUAAGUUUUCAAUCGAAAAACCGGAGAUGAGUGGUAUACUGAACGGUGUUGCUCCUGAGCUGGCGACAAAUGCUGGUUUUACAAAAGCAUUUGCUUCAGCACUUGUUAGACCAGCCUUGUUCCCUAUACCUAUAUUUGCACUUAAUUUAAUUUUUGGCAAAGAACGAGCUGUAUUAUUGACAACGGGUGCUAAAAUUCUGCCAGAGAAGGUACUAAGACAUGGAUUCAAAUAUCAAUUCCCUCAUUUACAGUCAGCUUGCAAUGAAGUAGCCCAUUUGUUUUGAACGUAAUUUGAGAUUGUGAUACAGUCAAGAUAGGCAUUGAUACAUUUUGUAGACUCUAGACUGCGCAAAAGGCACGAUUCUAUUUCAUUAUGAUUAAUAAAAUCAAA